CGUGCCCCUGUCACCCGGACGCGUGCAAGGAGUUGAGAUGAGUCUGGGAGCCGUGCCAGCGUGGAGCCCGUUGGGGUCUGAGCCAUCAGGAGCUGCUGGGGCAGAGGAGCCUCUUCAGUGUCACCUUCCUUCGGCCGGCAAGAGCCCUCUCUGGGUGCCGGGGGAGGGGGUUGCCUACAGCUGCAAAGCAGGACACCCCAAAGAAACCAGGGUGGUGCUCGCAAACGGGAAUAUUGGGCAGGUCAGAAGUUUUCCUUCAGCCAAAAGGUAGGCUGUGCAGGAAACUGCCUGAACCCGGGGGCCACGCAGGGAAAGGGGACCGAGGAGUGUGUCUGACGUCCACGAUGCCACACCUGAUCCUUUCCUUCUCUCCUGCCCCCCCCCCUGCAAAUGCAGGUGUACGAGGACCUGAGGUACAAGUUGUCCUUGGAGUUCCCCAGUGGGUACCCCUACAACGCCCCCAGCGUCAAAUUCCUCACCCCCUGCUACCACCCUAACGUGGACCUGCAGGGGAACAUCUGCUUGGACAUCCUCAAAGACAAGUGGUCGGCUCUGUAUGAUGUCCGAACCAUCCUGCUCUCCAUCCAGAGUCUGCUGGGAGAGCCAAACGUUGAGAGCCCUUUGAACACAGAGGCUGCCGAGCUCUGGAAGAACCAAGCGGCCUACAGAAAAUACCUCCGUGAGUCCUACGCAAGACACACGAAGAGCCAGGAUACUUGAUGCCCUCCCGGGGGCGGGGAGUACGUCUUCUCCCUUUUCUGUUUUAUCCUUGUAUUUCCUGUACGUCAACCCCUGUUGUAUUAUAGAUUGUUUUAAAGUUUAUUUGGCUUUU